AAGCCUCUCGUUAGAAAGGUUUCAUAGUACAACAGCAAUUACUGCAAAGUCAAUUACGGACAAAGAAAUGAGCGCAACUCCAGAAACUGCCACCUCAAAAAGCGGUCAGGCUAUACAGAAAUUAAAAGAAUUUGGAUAUGCUUUUAAUGCCGCUGGUGAAUUACGUAAAAUCGACAAAAUUACUGGGGAAGCUGGCGAAGAGCCAUUUCAAUUUGAAGUAACCAAGGAUCAUGCCAAAAACCAAGCUCAUUAUGAAAAGUUAGCAGAUCAAAUUCCUGAAAUUGUUUAUGAUUUGUUGGAACAAAAUGGUUUAUCUCGUACUUAUAUUCCCGAAGAGGCACCCAUGGAAGAGUCUACAUUUUUCUUUACGUAUCCGGAAAAGUUAAAUAAGCCUAAGAAACUGAUUGUUAUUAUACAUGGCAGUGGUUUUGUAAGAGCUGGCCAGUGGGCAAGGAGUUUAAUAAUCAACAAUUCCUUAGACCAUGGUACACAAAUACCAUACAUUAAGCGAGCCCGAGAUCUUGGCUACGAUAUAGUAGUAACAAAUACCAAUGAUAAUUAUCGCAUUAUCGAUGGCAAACGAAAACCCAUACAAGGUUUAAAUUCCGCCACAUCGCAUGCCAGUUAUGUAUGGCAAAAAUAUGUAAUGGCUUGUGAGCCAGAAAGUGUAGCCAUUGUGGCACACAGUGCGGGUGGUGGAGUAACAGUAGACUUUGCCAGACGUUUUCCAGAGUUUUUCCAAAACCAUGUAUUUGCUAUUGCUUUCACUGAUUCUGCCCAUUCGUUUGUACCCGAGGAGUUACGCAAAAUCAUAGGGCAUAAAAGUUGUAAUUGGGUUUCAAGUAGCAAACCUUUAGAUGCGGAAAUUAAAACUUCAAAAGAUGAUAUCAAAAUGGUUUCAGCAGGUCAUUCCAAGCAUGAAUGGACAUCUUAUUCGGCCUUUGAAUCUGUUUUCAAAUAUUUGGAACAGAAAUAUGAUGAAUUUAUGUCUGACGAACUAAAGUGUAAAAAACCAAGGGUGGACAAUUAAGAUUUUAUGUGUUUAA